AUGUACAGUAUUGCCACCAUAGCGCCUGUGGCACUCGUGCUUCUCGGUGUUGGCUAUGUGGCCUAUAAUGUGAUCUACAACCUAUAUCUACACCCUCUAGCUGGUUUUCCGGGACCUCGUGCAAAUGCCAUCAGCCCACUUCCUGGCAUCUUGGCUCUGCUCCGUGGGCGGCUUCCUUUGGAGAAUAAGAAGCUGCACGACAAGCAUGGCAGUGUUGUCCGUGUCUCGCCGAAUGAAUUGGCAUACAACUCCGUCCAGGCAUGGGAAGACAUCUACGGCCAUCGUCCCGGCCAUGCCAACAUGCACAAAGAUCCCAUCCACGUUGGUUCCGUGCAGGCAGUAGCAGGUGUAACCACUCUGACGAUGGCUGACGACGACAACCACGCCCGUCAACGCCGAGCUCUUUCCCACGCUUUCAGCCAGCAAGCAUUGAUCCAACAGGAAUAUAUCGUUAAACGCUAUGUCGACCAGUUUGUCGAUAAUUUAAAGAAUUUUGCAAGCAGGGAAGAAGAAUUCAACAUGGUCAACUGGCUCAACUUCACCACCUUCGACAUCAUCGGCGAUCUUGCUUUCGGCGAGCCCUUUGGCUGUCUGGAUAUGGGUCGCUUCCACGAAUGGGUAUCUAUGAUAUAUGAGACAGUAAAAGCUGGCGCUCUCGAGCAAGCGACCCGUCGAUUUGCUCCUGCGGGUUCCAUCACGCAACGAAUAUUGUUCGAGUUCAUCCCCAAGUAUCGACGUAAUUACCGUUCUGAGCAUCUUCGACGAUCUCGGGAGAAAUGCAUGGCUCGUUUGGAGAAUGGCAAUAGUCAGCAUAAGGACUUCAUUUGGUAUAUCCAGAAGCAGCAGGAGAAGUAUGACCUGAAGCAAGACGAGAUCAUUGUCAACAGUGCCCUCUUCAUUGUGGCUGGCAGUGAGACGACAGCGAACUUACUUUCUGGUUUGCUUGCUCGACUGAUCUGGAACCCGGACAAGUACCGCAAGCUCUGCGAGGAGAUUCGAAGCACCUUCAAGAACGAAGCUGAUCUUACAUUUGACAAUCUGAGCAAGUUGACUUACAUGAACGCUUGCAUCGAAGAAGGCCUACGCAUCCACCCGCCGGUUCCAACAGGUCUACUUCGCACCGUACCCGCAGGAGGCGACACUAUUGAUGGCCGCUAUGUCCCUGGCGGCACAUCUGUCGCCGUAGGAAGCUGGUCAGCCGCGCAUAAUCCCGCCAACUUCCGUGACUGCGACUCUUUCCUUCCAGAACGCUGGUUGGACAAGGCAUAUGAUACCGACUACAAAAAAGCCGCUCAGCCAUUCAGCUUGGGACCUCGUGGAUGUAUCGGCAAGCAUCUGAGCUAUAUGGAGAUGCGCUUGAUUCUCGGGCGACUGCUGUGGAGCUUUGAUCUUCUUUCGACGGAUCGUGCGUGGCAGUGGGACCCUGAAGGCGAGAUGAAGAAUAUGAGAGCUUAUAUGACCUGGGAGAAGCCAGACCUGAACGUGAAGGUCAAACUCGUGGAGCGGUGA